CUGUAGAGCUCUAUGGGUAAAUAACAGAUUCUAUGCAAGAGGGUUUAUCCGUGUUUUCGACUAUGAGGAUGAAAUCAGCUGUUUCGAGUUCUGCGUGAUGUAUGUAUGUACGUGGACCGCUGUACAAUUUACUCGAGAGAGAAAAUAAGAGGUAUUGCCGAUGCAAUGGAAGAUGUACCAAUUAAAGGAAUAUUCGAAUUUCACUUCAAACAAUCGGGGGCGUUGCUUGUGAUUGUCGAUAGCAACUAGAAAUUAAAGUUUCUCCUGCAGUAAUAACGUUGGUAGCGGUAGGGAAAUUCACUGAUUAGUAGGUUGUUUGAAGUCGUAAAAGUUUGAACUUCAUAGGCAAAGACAAGAAGCAUGGAGAGUACCGAUGGACAAUUACAAGUAAAAUAUCAGAAGAUUGUUACAGAGUAUUCUAAAAUACGAGCUCAAGCGAAUGUCCUGAAGAAAGCUGUAAUCGAUGAGCAAGCACGGAAUACGGACGUUCGAGAGCGUCUCAAAGAAAAAGAAGUCGAGCUGCGGAGAGCGGAGCAAGAACUUGACAGUUUGACAUUCCGAAACCAACAACUAACUAAACGUGUAACAGUUCUGCAGGAGGAACUUGAUCGAGUACAGACCAAGGGGAGUCGAAAGGGUAGAAGUGAAUCUGCUGAUAGUAAGACUCGGACGUCAUUAGCAACACCUGUUUCACCUCCUGACCAAGUUCUCGAUGAGGAGUUUCAGAAGAAAAUUCUUGAAAAUGCACAGCUACUUUCCAGACUUGCUGACGAUGAGGUUGAGAUCGAGGCUCUUAAUGACAGAAUAAGGCACUUGGAACAUAAGUUAGAUAUUGGUGAAAAGUCUAAAAUGGAAUUGGAAAGUAAGUAUUCCGACACGAUGGAGAAAUUGGAAAGAGAAAAGGCAGAAUUACAAAGAAGGUUGAACGAACGCUUAAAACUCGAUGAAACUACAUCAUGGUCCAGUGGAGAAAGUAAGCGUGAUUCGUACGAUUUAGAGCCUAGAAUUGCCUUGCCUAAUCACCGCCGAGGAAAUAUUUCUCCCAAUUCUUCUCCCACCAUGUCACGUGGGUCGAUUAAAUCUCGAGUACCUUCCGCAUCUCGUGAAGAAAGUGGCGACGAAUAUGAAGUGGUUAAAUUAUCUGAUCUGGAAAAGGAAUUGAACAGAUGGAAAGCUCGGUGUCGCGCUGCCGAAAUAAAGCGAGACGAACUUGAACGAAAAUGCGUUUUUUCUGAUAGUUAUAAAGAAGAUUCUCUGCCACCUCUGAAAAUUGAGAAUGCGAUCGGGAAAUUUUCUAUGCCAUUUGCAACUCCUGAAGAGGUCGAAGUGCGAGAAGGAAAGACGAGGGAAUACUUUUUAUCAGAAAUAGAUAAAUUGAUUACUGAAAAGCAUGCAUGCCAGGCUAAAAAUUUAGCAAUAGCUGCUGCAAUUGAAGUGCUGAAUGUUCAUUUAGAGACCAGUGAACUUAAAAGAGAAAAAUGCGAAAUUGCUCUGUCGGAGGCUUUAUCAAAUCAUGAGAGGUUACAGGAAGAUAAAGAGGCGCAAGAAGGCAAUUAUAAGACGCAACUAAGUACUAUGAGCGAACACCUUGCCAACAUGAAUGAAAAACUUGUCAGACGGACGGAAGAAAUACAACGGUUGAAAUUUGACCUUGCAAACAAAAUUGAGAAGAAAGGGAAACAAAAAUAAUUCCAAUCGUUGCAUCGGUAUCAGACUGCCAUUUGUGCUGUGUCCAGAGAAGGCCUGGUCUUUUGUACAUAUAUGGUGCGAACUACUAAAAAAUGAGACCACUGUUUUUUUUCUAUAUAUCUAUGUUCAUUGCCAUGAACUUUUUGACUCGUAUUAACUGAUGUAAUUUAUUGAGGGAAAUUCCACAUUCACUAUUUAAAUGCCAUGUAAGACAUAGAAGAUACUAAAUAAAAUAUAUAAAAUAAUAACAGAGA